GUCCAAACGCGCGCCGCGACGCGCACCUACCCACCUCUGCGGCCCUGCGUUCGCGCACAAAAUCCUUCUUGGUCCGCACAGGAAACUUCCGGCAGAACGCAGAAGAACGUGGCGGACCAAACUGACGUGCUCCCGGGCGGGCGGGCGGGCGGCGACGGCGGCGGAGGCGGCAUGGAGCAAGAGCCGAAGGCGGUGGCGAGGAACAGGAAGGUGGUGCUGCGCGGGUACAUCGACCGCGCGCCAAGGGAGGACGACAUGGAGCUCGUCGACGGCGGCGCCCUGGAGCUGCGCGUCCCCGAGUGCGCCGGCGGCGGCCCCGCGGUGCUGGUGAAGAACCUCUACCUCUCCUGUGACCCCUACAUGCGCGGCAGGAUGCGGGACUUCCAGGGCUCCUAUAUUCCGCCCUUCAAGCCUGGAUCACCUAUUGAAGGGUUUGGUGUGGGGAGGGUGGUCGACUCCACUUAUCCAGGACUUAGUGCUGGUGACAUUGUUUCCGGGAUGACUGGCUGGGAGGACUACAGUCUGAUCACCAAGCCUGAACAACUCACGAAGAUUCAGCAAAGCGACAUACCACUCUCUUAUCAUCUGGGCCUUCUUGGCAUGCCUGGUUUUACAGCUUACGUUGGAUUCUAUGAGAUUUGUUCACCAAAGAAAGGGGAGUUUGUUUUUGUUUCUGCUGCAUCUGGAGCAGUUGGGCAAAUUGUUGGUCAACUUGCAAAGCUCCAUGGCUGCUAUGUUGUGGGAAGCGCUGGAACAAAUCAGAAGGUUGAGCUCCUAAAGGAAAAAUUCGGAUUUGAUGCAGCUUUCAACUACAAGGAAGAGCCUGACUUGACUGCUGCCUUAAAAAGGUACUUCCCUGAAGGCAUAGACAUCUACUUUGAGAACGUAGGUGGGCCGAUGCUUGAUGCUGUACUACUCAACAUGCGAGUACAUGGCCGCAUUGCAGUGUGUGGUAUGGUUUCCCAGCAUGGGGUAACUGCUCCUGCUGGGAUCCACAACCUGUUCUCCUUCAUAAGCAAGAGGAUAGAGAUGAAGGGAUUCAUCCAGAGUGAUUACGUACACCUGUUCCCACAGUUCGUGGAUGACAUCACCAAGCAUUACAGAGAUGGGAAGAUUGUGUAUGUGGAAGAUGUGAGUAUUGGGCUGGAGAGCGGACCAGCUGCCUUUGUUGGUCUGUUCAGUGGUAAAAAUGUUGGCAAGCAGGUUGUGCGUGUGUCUCAAGAUUGAGACCGUCUACAUUCUAGUCAAUAUUAGAUGAGCAUUGUAAUAUUAGAACCUCUGUUGCAUUGAACAAUAAAGAGAAGCCUCAUCUUGUUGGAUGACAUCCUCUGUUGGAAGCCUGAUCUUGUUCAGAGUUUACCUUCUCUCUCUCUUUUUUUUUUUUU